AUGGCUUCAAGAAUGAAUAUUUGGGCUCCUUUCCUCCUCUUGGCUUCAGUAUUUACCUUCUCCAAUGCUGGCAAGAUUUCAAUUUACUGGGGCCAAAAUGGGAAUGAAGGCACCCUCGCCGAGACUUGCGCAACCGGAGACUACUCCUUCGUGAACUUGGCCUUUCUGUCCUCCUUCGGAGCUGGCCGGAAUCCCCAACUCAAUCUCGCCGGCCACUGUGAUCCUUACUCCAACGGCUGCACCGGUCUUAGCAGUAAUAUCACCUUCUGUCAGUCCAAAGGAGUGAAGGUCAUCCUCUCGAUUGGGGGCGGCGCUGGAGCUUACUCCAUCGCUUCCCAAGACGACGCGAAACAACUGGCUCAGUACAUUUGGAACAACUACCUCGGCGGCCAGUCUCCUAAAAGACCUUUAGGAGAUGCAGUACUCGACGGUGUGGAUUUCGAUAUCGAGAGUGGAGGCCCUGAUCACUAUGACGAUCUGGCUACAUACCUUUCAGCGUACAGUGCAAAGGGUAAGAAGGUGUAUUUGACCGCAGCGCCUCAAUGCCCGUAUCCUGAUGCUAUGGUCGGAAAAGCGCUUGACACCGGACUUUUUGACUACGUCUGGGUCCAAUUCUAUAACAAUCCUCCAUGCCAAUACUCUUCAGGCCAAGUGACUAAUCUUGAUGAUGCGUGGAAACAGUGGACGGCGGGGAUUAAAGCGAAGAAUAUAUUCUUGGGUCUGCCGGCUGCGCCUGAUGCUGCGGGGAGUGGGUUUAUACCGACGGGAGAUUUGACAUCGAAAGUGCUUCCGGUGCUCAAGAGGUCGAAAAAGUACGGUGGAGUGAUGUUGUGGUCUAAGUACUAUGAUGAUCAGACUGGGUACAGCAAGGCUAUUAAGUCUGAUGUCUGA